GUGAGACUGUCAGUUAGCAUCCACACGAGGCCAGCUGGGGACAGGAAAACUUGUCUAUUACACUGCUUCUCUGUGUCUAAGGUUCAUCUCAUCCCACCUGGUCUCCUGAGGAGCUCCUUCAUCCCCCUCAGCCUCCUCCGUCCCCUCCUCCACCUCUAAGGCAGCAGUCAUGAACUGGUCUGCGUUGGAGGCCCUCCUCAGUGGGGUCAACAAGUACUCCACUGUGUUCGGCCGCGUCUGGCUUUCCAUGGUCUUAGUCUUCCGGGUGAUGGUGUUCGUGGUGGCAGCCCAGCGAGUGUGGGGCGACGAGAGCAAAGACUUUGUCUGCAACACAGCACAGCCAGGGUGCAACAACGUGUGCUACGACUACAUCUUCCCCAUCUCCCACAUCCGUCUGUGGGCCCUGCAGCUCAUCUUUGUCACCUGCCCGUCGCUAAUGGUGGUGGGGCACGUCAAGUAUCGUGAGAAGAAGGACAUGCAGUACACCGCCUCGCACAAGGGCGCCCAUCUGUAUGCCAACCCUGGGAAGAAACGUGGGGGUCUGUGGUGGACAUACCUGGUGAGUCUGAUUUUCAAGGCUGGCUUCGACGCUGGCUUCCUCUACAUCCUGUACCACGUCUAUGAAGGCUACGACAUGCCCCGCCUGUCCAAGUGCUCCCUGGCGCCGUGCCCCAACACGGUGGACUGCUACAUAUCCCGUCCCACCGAGAAGAAGAUCUUCACCCUCUUCAUGGUGGUCUCCUCUGGUUUCUGCAUCCUCAUGUGUAUCUGCGAGAUGAUUUACCUCAUCUGCAAACGCAUCCAGAAACUCAUCAAGAGGAAAACCGAGGCGGAGAGGAGGUUGUUCGCAGAGAAUCACGAGAUGACGCCGUUGGCAGCGCCCAGGUCGGAGUUCAGGUCCCAAACGUCAGUCAGAGUGGAUCCUACAGUCUCUAUCCAGAAUCUCAGUAACAUCAAGGAAGAGGAGGGGCCAUCUCAGAAAAAAUGAUGAACAAUUGGGCGGCGGCCAUGUUGAAAAAAAACUGAGCAAAGUACUGAAGGGGCUAUUGCAGGCAAAUGCAUUCAUCAGACUCUGUAGAGAACUGCUGCUCAACACCAAAGAGAUAUCCAUCAAAUUCAGGGAUUUCUGAGGCAGCGUUUUGUAAAUAUUAUCAUGUCUGCAGGAACGCACACCUUAUGCAUGCAAAUUAAUCCCUCAAAAGGGAGGAUUACAGAGGAAGUAAAAGGGUUUAGAAUAUUUUUUGGAAUUGGUUUGUGUGUGUGUGUGUGUGUGUGUGUGUGUGUGUGUGUGUGUGUGAGUGUGUGAAUGUGUGCAUGUCUGUGUUUGUAAUUGUAUUUUUUGGACAGAAGUACACAGUAUGUUUAAGCUGUUAUACCAAGUACUUUGUAAAUAGAAGUAUAAAAUGUUGAAAGACCCCAAGUGAUGUAAAUACUGUACAGUUCAGAGAGCGGGCCCUCUCCCUGAACACACACACUGCCCUCUAAUAGAUAAAACAAAACACAACAAACACAGAGCACUUCCUGUCGGGUUGACGCAGUAAUUGGAAGAAAUCACUUGAAGGUUUUUUACUCUCAGACAUGCAAGAUGAAGAAAAUGCUCUUUACUGUUCAAGAGUUACUCCUGUUGAUAUUUUGUGAAUUGCUUAAUGAAGGUAUGACGCAUGUAUGAACAUACCAUUGAAAAAAAAAUACACAAAUGUUUUUAUACCCACAAAUUUGGAUUUUUUUUUUUGUAAAUGAAGA